AUGUUUGCCAUCUUCGCUAUUCUAUACGAAAGAUUCGUGGUCUUAAUCAUCUACUUAACGUUCAUCAUAUUCUUAUCUGCAACAGCAAUAGAAUAUUUGCCAUCGCGUAGUGAACGCGAUACAUACGAUGAACGAGAAAAACUUGUCUCAACUUAUAAGAUCAUUUCGAGAAGUCAAUGUUUGCUGCAGAUGCGUUCAUUAGACGGUUUUAUCCAUGCAAAACAUGUCACUGAUCUUCACGAUGCAAAAGAAACCAUUGAUGGUAUCUUUGUAUUUCUUCCUGUUGCUGUGAAUCUCUUUUUUAUUCAACAUAAACAAAGUCAACGAUAUCUAUGUGGUCGAAAGCAUCGAUUGUUCGGCUUAGUUGAAGCCAAUGAACGUAGUUGUUUAUUCGAAACAAAACGAUCUGAAAUAGAUUUUGGUUUUUGGGAUUCGUAUCGACUUUUCUACGAAGAUUUCGAUCGUGGUUAUCUAUCAAUUUCAUAUCGCUGUCGUACAAGAUUAAGAAAGAAAUAUUCCAACGAUAAAUAUUUAAGUUUUCUCGCCUUUAUUCGAAUCAAUACAGAUGUAUCAAUGACACGACAAAAUUCUACUGCUGCUUGGACAUCAUCAUCGGAUCUCUUUCAUUACUAUUAUCAUUAUCAACGGCCGAAGAUGUCUCGUGGUUGGAAUCGAAUGCGCUGGUUGUAA